AUGGCAGAGGUUGUUCAUGCAGAUUUGCUUGAGCAGAUACUCUUAAGGUCAGAAGUGAAGGAUCUGAUCCGUUUCAAGAGUGUGUGUAAGUCAUGGCAUUCUGUAAUCACAAGUUCUGGCUUCAUUAACCGUCAUCUGAACCGUAGUUACAACAAAGAUCGCCACAACUAUGAGAUUGGACACAGAAGAAUUAGGUUAACAGAUGGCUCAGGUUCUUACACGCUUGUUGGUUCUUCCAAUGGCUUGGUAUGCAUCAUCUCUUAUUUACGUAUCGGUGAAGUUUUAGUAGGCAAUCCGUUGACCAGAGAGCUAAGACAACUACCACUUUCGACGAUCGAUUUACCGUCAUGUCGGGGUUUUGGUUACGAUUCAUCCACAGAUGAUUACACGGUUCUUGUAGGGGCCAAGAAUGGCAAAAACCGGACAUGUGUUCAGGUGUUGAGUUUGAAAUCUAACGAGUGGAAAGUUAUUGGAGAAGUGAUGUAUACAUUUAUGACUGCUGAUGGUGUCUUUUGCAAUGGUGCACUUCACUGGAUUGUAAGGGACCAAAAUAGUAAGAGGGUAAUUAUUUCUUAUGACUUAUCUAAAGAACAAUUUAAAGAAAUCCCACAACCUGAAGGUGAAGGAUGUCUGCCCAGAUUUUCUUGGAGCAGCCUAGGAAUUAUGAAAGAAUGUUUGUGCAUAAUUGAAAAUUCUAAUUUUGGCGAUGUAUGGAUGAUGAAAAAGUACAAUGUAAAACAGUCAUGGGAAUUGCUACCCCGUCAUCGUGAGAUAAUAUAUACAAUUGUACAUUCCUUCAGCAUACACAAGGAUGAGAUUUUCUUCGACUUCAGAUCAAAGUCCUCUUGGGAUUGGGAUUAUGUUUUCCGGGUUUUUAUUAUGGCCCCUAUAUUUGUGAAGAGCCUUGUAUCUCCCUGACAAUUAGAUGGAAUCCGUGUGUUGAAGAUGAAUGUUAAUGGAGGAGACCGAGCUGGAAUACCAAGAGCGGGUAUAUUGAUGCUGU